UCCCUCAAGAACAUUGAUCUUUGAAUGGUUUGUACUUUGCUUUUUCAUGAUAUCUUUGCAGUCUCUUGAGAAGCUGGAGCUUCUCAAACAAAAUUUACGCGGUCACCUUCCAGAUGCUCUGAAGAUCUAUGGAAGUCUAUUCUCAAUACUUAAAGGAAAUCCUUUCAAUUUGGAGGUGCUUGUAGAUUCCUGGCCAAAUUAUGGAGCUGUUAUGACACGUCCUCUGACAGCUCCACCUAUUUGUGAUCCUUACACCAACUCAUACAGUUUCUUUAUAAGAGAUGAAAACAGAAUACAUGCUGUUCUGGAACAUAUCAACUGGAAUCAGGCAUUUGAAAUUCAAUCAAUGCAAAAUUACUUCAUGAAUAAAAUCAGGCAUGAGGCAGCACAAAGGAAUGUGGACACUGAGAUAUCACUGUUGAGGACAUAUUAUCAAGGAACACAAAAGGAAACUGGUGGUGAGCAGGUUCAGAGACAUCAGAAGAAUCUGGAGUUUUGCAGUCUUUCACCAGCAUAUGUAUCACUUGUUGAUGAUUCCUGGACUUUUGGCAGAUGCUCCGCAAGUCAGGAAUAUGUUAGUCUCUGCAUUAAGUCACAUCCCUCAUGUUGUGUGUUGGACAGUGGGAUCCCAGUGUCAUGGGUGCUAUGUGAUCACUAUGGGGCAAUGCGUAUGCUCUAUACUGUUCCUCAGGAAAGACGCAAGGGUCUUGGGUCAAAAGUUUGCAGUGUACUGUCAGAAAUCAUGACAAAGCAAAACAGGCCAAUCUACUGCCAUGUAGAAGAGGAAAACAUUCCAUCCCAACUCAUGUUUAAAGAUUUGGGCUUGCAGGAGACAGAAAGCAAGCUACUCUGGGUGAGAUCAAAAUCUGAGCAUAAUUUGACUGGUUCAUUAUAGUGGGCAGCUAUGAUAGUGAAGAUUUACAGUGCAAAAUGUGAUAAUUACAGGUAUCACAGAAUACUGUGUGAAACAUGAAUAUUAAAUAUACUUUACAAAAUAUCAGCCUUUUUAUAAUAAUUUCCAAUGCUUUACUGUCAAGUAAUAUCGGGUCAGAUUUUAUUUAAUAAGAAAAACUUCUCUCAAUUAAAUUCCAAAUUCUCCCAUAAUUUUCAGUGUUUUGUAAUGUCAUUGCUGUGAUCCUAUAUGAUCUUAACAAUACACUGUUUUUCUGUUUAUGCCUAUGAUUAAGUGUGUAUUGCCACAAAAUGCUUUAGGCGUGAUUGUUUUUAAUGGAUGUAUAAAUACGGAUUUAAAUGAGUAUCCCAUGAUCUUCUGGUGUGCAAGAAGCCUCUUUUGUCUUAAAAGAGAAGGAAAGGCUAAGUCACUGGGGUGUGCCAAAAUGUUGCUUACCUUUUACCCCAGGCUGGUGCUCCUUUGAGAAGAAAACUGCACCAGCACAGGGUACCCGCAAGCAAGUGUCUCCCCUUCCUUUUUCUGUCUUUGCGUUGUGCAUGUGCAGUAGAGUGAAAAGCUGAACUUAAACAAAAAAGUCGGCUAUUUCACUCUAAUGCGCCAAGUGCGACUGACAUUUUUGGCAUUUUGCAUAAUGCCUUCCAGUUUAAAUGAAUUGUAGCAGGUGUCUGUUCUACUAAUCUGCCUGCAUUUGACAACAUGUAUUUUUGAAGGGGAGUUGCACAUAGGAACUCCCUCACCUGCUCUUAUGUGUCAACUAAAUAAAUAAAUAAUAAAUUAAUCUUUUAA